GCCUCUUAAGAGAAAGUUGUGGAUCUCAUACAGCAAUCUCCUUUUGGAACAGCAACAUAAAUAUUUUUCCUGAAAAAUUAGAAUUUCCAGAACUCAAAAUUUUGAUUUUUGCAGGAAAGACUUUAGUGAAAGUUCCGAUUGCAUUUGUUGAAGGAAUGAAAGCCCUCCGAGUUUUGCAUCUCCAAGAUGUCAUUCUCUCACUAGAAGUACUUGAAGUCGUAACAAAUCUUCGAACUCUGUGUCUUGUAAAUUGUGAGUUGGAGAACAUCACACCGUUGGGAAAUUUGAAAAACCUUGAGAUUCUUGCAUUCUGUGAUACUAAUAUUUAUGAGCUACCUGAAGAAUUAGCGGCAUUGCGUGGCCUAAAAUCGCUACAUUUUUUUUCCUCUGGAAACGAACAGAUCAAUUUUCCCCCUAAUUUACUAUCAAGGUUGACAUCGCUCCAAGAGCUACACGUGACAUGUGAAAACAAUGUUAACUUACCGGGGUUGAAUUCAUUGUCUCGUUUGACUGGGCUGUCACUGAGAGUUUCUACAGCUCAAUGUUUUCCAGAAAACCUUGUGUUCCCUGAACUACAGAGCUACAAUAUAGCUGUAAAUGAAGAUCUUCGAUUUAUGCAGGAGCUUAACUCUAGAACCUUGGAAAUUACUAAAUUCUCAUCUUCAUUAAGUGCAUUCGAGAAGUUGCUUUGCAAAUGUGGAAAAAGUUGGCUUUGA